GUGCCUAACGAAGGAAAUGCGAAGAGUGUUGUUUUUCGCGACCUCUGCUAGAGUCCCACUUUCUUGCUUGUUUUUCGGUCGGAGCCGCUCCACAAUGGUAGGUAUUUUUAAUUUCAAAACAUAUAGUCUAUAGUAAAAGUUAUCGGUUUCAGAGCGGUUUCUUUGACUUUCUGCUAUGUAAAACUUUUAAAUACAUCAUAAUUUUGAUAGCUCUGGGAUUGGGUUUACAAUUUGUAGGCAUAAAUUAUGUAGACGAAAUAAAAAGUGUUUUUCAGGCAGAGGCAGAUUCCUGGAAGAAAGCGUCAUCAAUUUACGACUUCACCGUGAAAGAUAUAGAUGGAAAUGAAGUUUCUCUAAAAAAAUAUGAGUUUCACUGAUUCAAACUACAAACAACUGCAAGCUUUGCACGAAGAGCUAGCAGAUUCUGGGUUACGUAUUUUGGGUUUUCCCUGUAAUCAAUUUGGAGGUCAGGAACCUGGUACAAAUGAAGAAAUAAAAGCUUUUGCCCAAGAUAAAUAUGGUGUUAAAUUUGAUAUGUUCUCUAAAAUCGAGGUAAAUGGAAACAAUGCGGAUCCACUUUACAAAUAUUUGAAAAUGAAGCAAGGUGGAUUUUUAGGAGAUCGUAUUAAGUGGAAUUUCUCGAAGUUUCUUGUUGAUAAAAUGGGGCAACCAGUUGAUAGGUAUUCGCCAACGACUAGUCCCUUUGUAAUCAAUAAAAAAGGACAUAACAAAGCUGCUCUAAGUCUUUAUUACCAGUAUCCUGAUUACUUAACUUUAUAUUAUACUACGUAUUGA